AGCACACGGGGAAAUACCUGGAUAUGGGGAAACACAUCAAAGACGUUGCCAUGAUAUCUCUCAAAAUAGAUAUUUAAUUCAACGCGUUGGGAAGAAGAAGGUUCCCACACGGUUGCAUGUGUAAAGCGACAAUCUUGUUCUUUGCAGAAGGAAACCCAGUUCAGCAUUUUCAAGAUCAGCCAACAAAACUGAAACCUAAUGCCACUGCCUCAUUGGUUUGAUUAAAAUACAGCUAUGACUUUUAAAGAAAUCUGGUUAUCUGUCAGAUACACCCAUAUGAUUAUUGAGAAAUCAGUACUAAUAAUGGAGUAGAUAAAACAAAGGUGGGAAGGAGGCAUGCCAUGAACAUUGCUGAAUUAUUGGUUUCUGCACAUCAAUUUCUUAAUUAUAAUAAGAUGAGCUAGAGAUUCCUCAUGCCUCCCUCAGCCAAGUUAUAUAAAUAGGACCCUAAAGGCCAAAAGAUGAAGUCAAACUGAAACUGCUCUGCGUAUUUUGCAAUCCAUUAGAUAAGGCUUUUUGCAAAAUAAAAUGGAUUCCUUUUCUGUAAACUCGAAGAAAUCUUUCCACGUUCGUUCGAACAGUUUGCCUUCAAAGCCACAUCCAGUUGUGGAUGAAGUUAGUGAACAUCUCUGCAGAUUGAAGGCCUCUGAAGAAGCCACUUCUUCAUCCUCUUCUCUGUGCCAAAAACUUGAUGGUCUCCAAGAUUUACAUGAUUGCAUUGAUAAGUUGCUUCUUUUGCCACUCACUCAUCAAGCUCUUAUUGACAACAAGUCUGUUGAUGACUUGCUUGAAGGAUCUCUCAAGAUCUUGGAUGUGUGUGCUUUGGCUAAGGAUGUUUUGUCACAAAUGAAAGAAUCUGCACACGAACUUGAGUCCGCUUUGCGCAGAAGAAAAGAUGGCAUGGUUGAUAUUCAAAAGUAUUUGAACUCAAGGAAGAUGAUGAAAAAGGCAAUCCACAAGGCCUUGAAGGGAAUGGAAAAGGCAAGUUCCCAAAAAAGUGAUGAAAGUUCAGAAAUUGUUAGGUUGCUAAAGGAGGCAGAAACCGUUACAUAUAACAGCAUUGAAUCCUUGUUGUCGUUUGUAGCAGGACCAAAGUUGCCAUCAAAGAUGAGCAAAUGGUCUUUGGUUUCUGUGUUGAAGCAACCUAAGAGAGUAGCUUGCAAAGAUGAUUCCACAGAUGGAAAUGAAGUAGAGAUGGUGGAUGCUGCACUAAAUUCAAUCACCAAUCACAAAUCUGAUUUCCUUGCACAAGGUGAAGAUGUCCAAAGCUCACUGAGGAAAUUGGAGUUGUGUAUUCAUGACAUUGAAGAAGAUCUUGAGAGUCUACAUCGCCAUCUUAUCAAAAACAGAGUCUCAUUUCUUAACAUCCUAAAUCACUAAGGAUGAAAUUUUCAAAUUUUUGUCAAAUGUAAACACCACAGUACAUAUAUACACAAAUAUAUAUUAUAACAAUUUUACAAAGCAAACCUUCUUCUCUAGCCAA